AUGUCUGGAAGAAAAAGAAGAGCAGAUUUCGACGAUGAUACUGGUCCCCGUGAUUUCAGGCCACGGAUGCCUAAAAGACAGAGGGUACCACCAGUGGUUCAACUAUGUAAGGAGAUGAUGCCGGAUAUUCGCACGAUUGGAGAGUCUGUGAGAGCUUUUCCUGAGGAUAUCAAGUUCUUAAGUGACGCCAUUGUGAAUGAAUAUGGCCAUGAAGAUUAUUUUAACGAAGCACUGUUGAAAACUUUUCGAGCAGUAGUGUUCGAACAGCCACACAAAUUGCCUGCGAUUGGCCUUCUAACAAUGGUGGUUAAUAAAGAGAAUGAGGUUGCAGCAAAGAGCGUGAUCAAUUUCUUCUUUGAAGAGUUGCAAAAGUAUUGCAAUGAGGCUACCAAUGAGAAUUUUUCAGCUACUUCAAAUGAAACUGGACCCUGGAAUAAGGUUAAAUUGAUUCUGAGAUUCUUGGCCACUUUGUCACCAAUUUUGAUACGUGAUGAAAUUGUUGAUAUUUUCAGAUCGUUACUAGAGUUGAGUAUCGCACUAAAGAGCAAGGAUUUAUCAAAAAGAAAUCCAUUGUCUGAAGAAAUUUACACAAAUACUCUUUUGGACAUACCUUAUUUGUUUAUAUUUAACAGGGAAGAUAAGGCUCUUCAAAGCAUGGUUGAAGAGCUCGUUACAUUUGUUGAACAGAACUACUCUGUAGCUACUUCCGAUAUCGACCUUUUGAAGGAGUACAAUAAAAAUAGUCCCUAUCAAAGUUUAGAAUUGAGCACAAUUGUUUUGCCUAACGUGAAAAAAGCUCUGGCUUAUGAUAUGGAACAGUUGUCCAAGAUUUUUCCCGAAUGGUUACAUCUACUACCAGAACAAGCAGUUGAUCAUGGUUUCAAUGAGCAAUUGAAGUUGCCAUCGGUGGAGGAAUUAGUUCCAUUUAGCUACUUGAAUAUGAAGAUGGGUUCCGUUGAUAGCAUGUGGAGAAACCCGAGAUAUGCAUUCCACGUAUAUCUACCAAACUCAGUCGGUGAUUUUGAGACUGUUGUUCCCAUAACGACAUAUGCGGGACAGAUCUUCAACGAUAUUAUCAUUGAUAUAGUUGAGAGCUUGGAAUUCAACAGGAAAGAAGUUGCAAAACAAAUCAUUUCUUUGGAUACAUUUUUCAAACCGGGUAUAUUUGCUGAACCUGGUAUAUCAAUUGCCCAACUAGCAUCGACUUAUGAAGAGGAUCCUUUAGCGUCGACCUUUAAAAUUGAAGAUCUAGCCAUAGAAACUACACUCAGCCUGAUUUUCAAGUUACCGGAUGUCUCACAACCCUUUGCCUAUUUUUACACACUUUUAGUCGAAAUCUGUCAAAAUUCGCCUAAAGCUAUUGCUCCUGUUUUUGGUAGAGCGUUCAGAUUUUUCUACAACAACUUGGACAACUUAGAUUUGGAACUGAAAAUGAGGUAUUUAGAUUGGUUUUCUAUUCAAAUGAGUAACUUCAACUUCUCUUGGAAAUGGAACGAGUGGGAAAACGACUCUUUAAGAUUUGGACAUGUUGUAUACAACCCAAAGAUGGUGUUUGCCAAAAAUCUAAUACGUAAGGAACUGAGAUUAACCUCUAAUACGUUGGAUGUCGAGGACAGUUUGCCAGAAGAAUUUAAAAAAUAUCUUGAUAGCUCAUAUGUACCAAGAGAGCAGUUGGUCAAAUAUUAUCAAUCGCUGUUCGUUCCUGGACAUAUUAUCAACGAUUCAGACGUGAAGAAAAGUGAUCUUUUCUUCAAACAGGAUUCGGUUCCAAUGUCCGAGCAAGUUCGUCUGAUUUUGGACUAUAUUCACAAACAAAAUGACUCACGAGAGAUCAGUGAACUAGAAAACAUACUGGGUAGUAUGAAACAGGAAUUUGGUUCUAUAAUUUCAAACUUUGAUCGCUUCGUUGUCGCACUACUAGUUCAAACAGUAGUCCAUUCAGGGAGUAGAUCCUUGUCGCAUGCCAAUAAAUAUAUCAGUGAUUUGAAGAAUGAUCUAAAUCAAAUUUUCAGCAAACUAGAGAUUUCAGACGAGCUGCUACAAUUUACCAUAGUGGAAGCUGUUCUUAGAUUUUGGAAUACAAAUUCACAAAAUGGCUUUUUGAUUGUUGAUGCUUUCAAGCACGCUGGAUUUGUGACUCCAAUUGCUAUAUUAAACUUUUCAUUCACGGAAGAUCAUGAUAUAAAUUAUGGUUUGGUGGAUGCAACUUCAAUUGAAUCAACCUUUAGAAACUUAUCACAACAUACUGAAAAUUCUGAUUGUCUUCAGUACCUGUUUGAAAAGCUUUUCACAAUAGUAACUGGUACGAUAUCCAUUUUGCAAAUUCAGCCUCACGAAGAGAUCUCCAUUCCAGAACUUUCGGAUGACAUGGAUAUCGAUGUGUCAGACGAUAUACCAAGGUUGAAUCUUUUAUGGAAAUAUGAAACUUCAAUGAGUUUUAUAAAAAGCGCGUUAAGAAAGCAUUCAAGAGAGUUCAGACCCUUAGUGGAAAACAUCAAAGCUGGCAUUGAUACAGCCUGCGCUCACGAACAAACUAAGAUACGUCUGCUCACAUGGAUUGAAGAAGUCAAUAUGAUUUGA